AUGACCAUAGCUUGGGAACCGGAGGGUGGCCGGUUCAAGUCCAGCAUGGACCGAAGCCUGAAAGCUUACAGUGUCAAAGACUUCUGGAGGAAAGCCAUGUCUGACAACUUGGCAAAGUCAACUCAAAGAGAGGAGCUGAGCAAAGACAGACAGGGACAGUCAGACAGAGGCAUAGACUCUCAGAAUAAGGGACGAGUCAAUCUGCACGUGUUUGAGGACUGGUGUGGCAAAUCUAUAGCUGAUCUCCGCAAGAACCCGCACUACCCGUUGUAUCCUCACUCCAGAACUACAGUACUGAAGCUGGCUGUCUCUCCUAAUUGGACGAACUAUGGACUCAGGAUAUUUGGCUAUCUGCAUCCAUACACUGACGGAGAGUUUGUUUUUGCUUUGAGCUCUCAGGACAACUCUGAGUUGUGGCUCAGCACAGAUGACUCCCCCCUCAAUGUGCAGUUACUGGGAUGGGUUGGAAAGACUGGCACAGAGUGGACCGCCCCUGGCGAGUUUGAGAAAUACGCUAGUCAGAUAUCCAGACCAGUUAGGCUUUCUGCAGAGAGGAAGUACUUUUUCGAACUUCUCCACAAGCAGGACCAUGAAGGGACAGACCAUGUGGAGGUGGCAUGGCAGCUCCAGGGCGAAGGCUCCAGAUUCACAGUUAUUGCAUCCAAGGACAUCUCUCUCUAUGUUGAUGAGUCUGCUCUGGUAGCAGGUGAUGUUGCUCACGUACCUCAGACAGCUGCGAGCCACCAAAACACGAGACAGAGCAGCUCCACAGUCGACAUGUUGAUGGAAGACCCACGAGAUGUUCUCUACCAAGUGCCUUUGAUAAACAGCAAGUUCCUACAAGAUAUUUUGCCCGUCUGUGACUACAAACCCAGCUACACAAUCAAAGGUGUUCCUCUUGGUCGCUAUCAAGGACUGAAUUAUGUCAAAUUGUCCUACAUCUACCCCAAUGACCACACCCGACUCACACACAUGGAGUCUGAGAAAAGCUGCUUCUACCCCCCAGACAUCAUGGAGAAUUCCGAUCAAAGCCUCAUGGGGGAGAAAUCAGCCAUAAUUGAGAGGGAAAAGGAAAUCACGCCAGACACCCUUUUUCGGGACUAUGAAACAGAUUAUGAGAGUUAUGCUGAGAAGUUCAGGCAGAUACUCCACUUGUUACCACUGCAGGAAGAGGACACAAAGCCUCAUCCUCAGACUGAGUCAGUGAAACCAGACGAGCUUGUGUCGUCAGAGAAGACCCAAGCUGUGGCCAAGGGGUUGAGGAUUGUAAAAAGAGCACGGAAGCUUCUGCAGGUAAAGGAUAAUGUCUACUUUGACCCUGAGAUGAACUGGAGGCAGACCUUCCAGAUCAACCACCUGGACUUUCGGGCACACACUUCAGAUGAACAGGAACUGAAAUGCAAAUUUUCUGGCAGUCUGCUGAUCAACUCCAGUGAUGUUCUUCCAGUGGUCAAGGCUUUCAUGGACAAACUCAACAAAAAAGAUAAUGGACAGUUCACAUUAGUGCGAGUGGUUAACGUGGUGAAGCGUGUGGACAUCGUCAAAGGAAGCCGUUACCUCCUGGAGCUGCUACUGAAAGACAUUAACGGCCGGCUGCUGCGUCUGUCACAAUAUGUCUACGCUUUGAUUCCACAACCUGAGCUGGUGCUGUGUAACCCAGUGGGCUUCAGCUGGAAUCCUCUUGCCACCGUCCACAUCAUAGUGCCAGUGAAAAACCAGGCUCGGUGGGUUUACCAGCUGAUUUUGGAAAUGGAGAAAGUGUUCAAAGAAACUGGAGACACCAACUUCAACCUCAUCAUCACUGACUACGAAAGCACUGACAUGGACGUGGAGAAGGCUCUAAAGAGCUCGUCACUCCACAGGUACCAGUAUCUGAAGCUGAGUGGAARCUUCCAGCGCUCUGCUGGUCUGCAAGCAGGAGUCGACCUCAUAGAAGACAAACACAGCAUAGUGUUUCUGUGUGACCUCCACCUCCAAUUCCCUACCUCUAUGAUCGACAGCAUCAGGAAACACUGUGUGGAGGGAUACAUGGCCUAUGCUCCCAUGGUCAUGAGACUGGACUGUGGGGCUACACCACUGGAGGCCAGAGGUUUCUGGGAGGUGGAUGGCUUUGGCCUGCUUGGAAUCUAUAAGUCUGAUCUGGAUGCAGUGGGAGGAAUGAACACCAAAGAAUUUACAGACCGCUGGGGAGGAGAAGACUGGGAACUACUCGACAGGGUCAUUAAGUCAGGGAUGGAAGUGGAUAGGGUCUACUUGAGGAACUUCUUCCACUACUUUCACUCCAAACGUGGCAUGUGGAACCAGCAGGUUACACCCAACAAGUAA